CGUACCGUCCUUGUCGACACACCAUCACCCUCCUGCCUUCUGCCCGUAGUAUCUGCCGUUGUUCACAUACCUUGCUCACCGUCUGCAUCGACGAUGGCGUCCCUCAUCACCAUCGUUCGUAAUAAGUUCCUCGAAGCAAUUCGUUCCGUCAAUCCUCCUGGAAAAUGGAAGAUCCUCGUGGUCGACGAGCAUUCACAGAAACUCCUUGGCGCAGUGCUCAAGCAAUUCGAUAUUCUUGAGGAGAAUGUUACUCUGAUUGAGUCGAUAUCUAACUAUCGGGAACCUCAGCCAGAGUUUGAGGCUCUGUAUCUGCUCAUGCCCACAACCCAAAAUGUCGAUCGUAUCAUCCGUGAUUUCUCGCAGACGAAGCAGUACGCCGCUGCACACCUAUUCUUCAUUGAAGGUCUUUCUGAUCCUUUAUUCCAACGCCUCACAUCAUCGCCGGCAGAACCUCACCUUCAGGCCCUCAAGGAGCUGUUUUUAAACUUUUCACCUGUCGAGGCCCAGACAUUCUCUCUUCAGACACCGGAGAUGUUCUUCAGUAUUUACAGCCCACCACGGCAUGAGAACGACUACCGCAGGGCACGCGAACGGCUAGAAGAAGAUCUUCGUUUUACUAGUAAAAUCAUCACCAAUGUUUGUAUAACGCUCAAUGAAUUCCCCUACAUCCGGUACUAUGUACCACCGAACCAUCCCCCUCUAGGUGCCCUUAAGCCACAUCUGUCUACCCGUCCACCGCCACCAUCCGAAGGCAGUGGCCGAUGGAGGACGAACCUUGCCCGUGGCGCAGAUGCUCGCGCCUACGAAUCUGUCGAGACUGACUAUGUAACCAAGCUACUAGCGUUUAUGGUCCAGAGCAAUCUCGAGGAGCACAAACGGGCGAAUUCCGAUUUUGGAAAGAUCGAUGCCGGAAGGGGACGAUCCACGCUGAUUAUCACGGACCGAGCAAUGGAUAUGAUGGCACCUUUGGUACACGAGUUUACGUAUCAAGCUAUGGCCAACGAUCUGUUGCCCAUUGAAAACGGUGUUCGAUACACUUACAAGUUUCAGUCGUCCGUGGGUGCCUACGAGGACAAAACUGCUACUCUGUCCGACCAGGAUAAUGUAUGGACGGCUGUGCGACACAUGCACAUGCGUGAAGCCAUUGAUAAAUUGAUGGCAGACUUCAACAAAUUCCUCGAAGAGAAUGCUGUCUUCAAGGGGGACGGCGCAGCGAAUCUUAAUGAUAUGAAGGAAAUGUUGGCGGGGUUGCCUCAGUACCAAGAACAGCGCGAAAAGUUCUCAUUGCAUCUAAACAUGGCACAAGAAUGUAUGGGUAUCUUUGAACGGGACAAACUACCUGUUGUAGCUAACGUUGAGCAGAACUGUGCCACUGGUCUCACAGCUGAAGGCAAGACGCCCAAAAAGCUGGUGGAAGAGAUGGUGCCUUUGCUAGAUAGCCGGGAAGUGAUAAACGCGAAUAAAGUCCGGGUGAUAGCGCUAUACAUACAGCACCGUGAUGGCGUGCCCGAUGAAGAUCGGAGACGAUUGUAUCAACACGCGCGUCUUUCGCUGGCGGAACAAGACGCUGUUAACGCCUUAGCACAUCUCGGUGUGAGGAUUAGCCGGGGACCCAAUGAUCGCGAUAUCAAGAAGAAAAUAAAACAGAAACCUAAAGACGAUGAAUACGAACUGUCACGAUUCAAACCUCUAUUAAAGACGGUCAUUGAGGAACAUGUCGAAAAUAAGCUUGAUGUCACACUUUUCCCUUAUGUUAAAGACUCCCCCUCUGCGAUGCCCCCACCUUCAUUGCGUCCUGCCCCAACACAUACAACGUCUCUGCGAAGCCAAAAGCCCGCUUGGCAUCGUGCUGCAACACGUAAUGCAGUACAGGAAUCCACUAAACAGCGCCUACUCGUUUUCGUUGCUGGUGGUAUGACGUAUUCCGAAGUACGAGAGGUAUACGAGUUGUCUUCGUCGUUGAGCAAGGAUAUCUACAUCGGCUCCACGCAUACCAUCACGCCGCGACCCUUCAUUGAUGAUCUCAAGGUGUUGGACCUAGGUGGAGUUGGCUCACGUGCAUUGCCGAACGGUCUACAGGAGAGCGCAGGACAGAGACCCUAUCAAGACUUUUACGAUGAGAGAUACUACACCAAGGACGGACCGCGUCCCCAACCCAAGCCAGCGCCAGGCACGCUUGCCCCGCCCAAGGAACGCAGUCGACCACAGCCCUCCCCCACGGAGAGCUACUCGUCCACCAACUCCUUCGGAAAGGAAGAGAAGGAGAAGAAGAAGAAGAAGGGCCUCUUCAGGUUCUGAAGAGCUAAAGGUAAAUGUAUAGUGUGUAAUUAUAUACCCCUUCGCGAAAUAAUGGACCCUGGUACGACUUAUGGGACAUGCGGAUGCAUAAGUUGCUAGGUAGCGUUAGCUCUGGCGGAUAUAUAGAAUCUUCUCCCUCAUUGGAGAGGAUGACUUCAAUAAUGGCCACUAAGUCCUACAUAGCAGACGUAAAGAGAAAUUUCGCAAGGCCAAAUUCUUGGACAGAAAUGCAGAAAUGGUUUUACGAGAUUAUUACGCGGAUCGAGACCCAGAGCGCCCACCUGACGGCCCUUCCUUU